AACCAUACCGGUAGAGAGACCGUAGGGCAAGUAUUCCGAGUGCCAAUCAUACUAUAUCCGACGUGACCAGGUGACCGCUCAUCGCGAUUGUUCACGGACUGGCCCUGGUGUCCGAGCACUCCUCACCUCGUUAUUUAUUAGCUGGAGAGGAGCAUUGUGCUGUUCCUGUUCUGCUGUUUCUUUUCCCGCAGAGCGCUGCAUGUAUCCCAGGGCAUGGUACCCGUGAGACGACGAAGAAGACGAAGAAGAAGAGCCGAAUAAAAGGAAAAUAGGGUACCGGCAUGAGGGCAAGUGCCCCGUGCCAAUUCCCCUAUCAUACCGGUGCUGGUACCAGUACUCGAGUACAGUACGGUACAAGUAUCAUAAUUUCGCUGCUGACCUUGCCGGAAAACUCGUAGUGAGCUCUUUUCCAACGAAUCAUAAGUUAACAAACCAAAACCUCCCGACAUUUACCACUGGCAACGCGCACACUUCAGAACACGGGAAAUUUGCUGUUUCACCUGACACACGCGCAGACGGUUCGCUUCCCUCCCUUUUUCUGCCUUGAUGCGCUAUCCCUCUGUUUUCUUUUUUUCUUUUUUCCUAAUAAGAUCGCGCCUUAUCCUGGCCACUCCAGGGGGACAAAAGCGGAGCGGAAGAAGGAGAAGAAGCAGCAGAAGAAGAAGACAGGAACCAUGGGCCUCUUGAUUCUGGAACCGAAGAAGCGGGGUGGUGAUGAUCACGUUCCCGGUAGGCCUUUCUCUGCAUCCAUGAGGACAUGUGUGGGGUUCGCUAAUGAGGAUUCAGGCACCGCAUUCAUCGGCGCCGGAGGGACGGCCGCUUCCGUGACGACUGCGACUGGAGACCUGGAUCCGAACCUAAAGUACGACUUGACUGGUGAUGUUCCGAUAGUUCUUGUUCCUCAGCCUUCUGAUGACCCGAACGACCCGUUGGUAGGUUUCCCUUCCAUCAAUGGGUUUGGUUGUGGUUGGGGUGAGCAUGUUGGGAAUGCUGAUAGGGAUGGAGUAGAACUGGCCGUUGUGGGAGAGGGACUUGAUCACGUUUAUCCUUUGCUUGGUUUCUGUGAGUUUGCACCUUGCUCUAGCCAGCUUUCUUAUGCUCCGCUCAGCCCUAGUACUUAGAUCUGGCCUACUAGUGCCCUGAUAUGGCAAUACUGACUGAUAACAACUGUAUAGGUCAUGGCUGCUACGUAAGUUAUAUCAUGAGCUCUGGAACUUUUAGGAUAUGGGGAGAUGCUAAUAACCUAUAAGACUAGCACCUAUCCUUGCUCCGAGCACUGUCCUAUUUGUAGUACACUUCAAGCGUGACUUUACAGAUAUUGCCCUUUUGACGGGCUACCACCUCUGUGGUGUUGGUGUCGCUGGGAUGUUGUUUGUUGCGUCCGCGAGAGUCUAUGGAAAGCGGCAUUUGUACCUAUUGGGUGCGGUGUUGCUGAUUGUGUCUCCCCUUUGGGGUGGUUUGGCCACCAGUUACAAAUCCUUUCUCUGGGCGAGAAUUCUCCAGGGUGUGGCAGUUUGUCCGUUCGAAACUUUGGUGAACAUUUCCGUUGGUGAGAUGUAUUGUGUGCAUGUGAGUUUUCCCUUGGCAAGCCUGGCGGAGGAGAGGGCUGUAAGUAAGAUUAGUAGCCAACUAGCAAACGCUGUGUAUAGCAAGUUGGAAAGCGCAUGGCCUUGUCGAACUUUGCUCUCUUCGGAGGUUCCUUCCUGACACCGGUUAUCGUGGGCAAGGUUACUGGGGAGUUGGGGUGGCAGUGGCCGUUUUUCCUUAUCUCAAUAUUCUCUGGGGUUCUGUUGCCUUUGGUUAGCAUUCCUGUCCCGGCCCGAUGCGUGGGAUAUCAAACUGACGAGUUGGGCUACUAGGUAGUGCUCUGGGUCCCGGAAACUACCUACAAUCGUCCAGCAUAUCAUAACACGACAUUAUCCAACCAAGGUAAGCAACAUUCGUAGUCAGGUUCAAUGGGGAUGAUCUCAAACUACGGGAUCUAUCGAAUCGACUGGGAGACAGCAGGCUAACACUCAUGCAAUAUCUUCAGCCCAUUUCCAGCACACGGCUGUUAGCCCAAGACACUCCUUUGUGCAGCGAAUGUCCGUCUUUAGUGGCCGGAAGACACCCGAAUCACCCUUAAAGCUCUUCCUCCGCCCAAUCGUGCUUCUCUUUCAUCCAGCUGUGAUGUGGGGUAUGCUUACACAGGGGGUAAUGAUCGGAUGGACCGUGAUGAUUGGUGUUGUCCUUGCAGCUGUGGUGUGUACCCUCCCUACCCUGCCCUUAGGUUUUUGUUCCAGAGGCUAAUUCUCAUAGUUCUUGCUUCCUCCUCUUUCUUUCACUGAGGUCGAAGUUGGCUACAUGUAUACCGGCGCCUUUAUUGGCUCUCUGGCUGGUUUGGCCGUCACUGGCCCAUUAGCGGACUGGUCCGCCAAGUACUUCGCUAGAAUAAACAAGGGAAUCUAUGAACCGGAAUUUCGCCUCUACUUGGUGAUCCCACAGGCGGUUACUGGCUGCCUUGGUCUGUUCCAUCUCACCCUUCUAGCUUUUGCUAUCAAAUCAUUUUAACGACGCGUGUGUGCGGAUAGGGCUCUACAUGUUUGGCGUCACCGCUUCCAACACCGCGAAAUACGGCUGGUUCUGGCCGGACUUUUUCUUUGGGCUUGAGUUCGUUCUCGGUCCCAUCCUUUCCUUAACAUUGCUCUCCAAAACAAUAUCGGUAGAAGGAGAAAAGCUAACAGACGCAGGUUGAUGGGUAUGACAAUGGGCGCUAUAUCAUCGGCGCUCUACCUUGUCGACGCAUACCCGAGCAUUGCUAUAGAGACCUUCACUUGCUUGCUGCUGUUUAAGAAUUUCUUCUCUUUUGCGCUGACUUGGGAAGCUUUCAACUGGCUGCGCGAUGCGGGGACCAAGGAUUUGUUCAUCUAUAUUGCCUCCGUCCAGGUGGCAGUUUGCUCUCUUACUCUGCCAAUGUGUACGUUUUACUCCCUUUCCCUUCCCCUCCUUCUCUCUUGACCGACCGACAGGAGGAGCUAACGAGACGUGUGUGUAGACUUUUUCGGGAAGGUUGUUAGGGAUCUUAUGCAUAGGUAUGACAUUCUGAGGAUGACGGGUCUAGACAUUGGAAAACCAGGGGGAGGGGGAUUAGAAUAUGGGGGGCCGAGUAUCGGGAUGAGUGAGGUAAUAGGUGAAUUUGCAUAAAAUGGUCUUGUCCUCUCCUGUGGGCAGCACUUCUGUUUCUUUCCGUAAUCGACUCGGAAUUCCCAUGCAGGGGUGCCCGCUGGUUUAAGUGGUGAAUAAUGGUGAUUUAUUUGUAUUAUACCUCAUGUUUAUUUUUUUCCUGGAGGGGCUUAUCAGGCUGGGGAACGUGGCUUGUAAGGGUUAUUUAUAGGAAGUAAUAUAAGCGGAAUGUAUGAAAGGAAAGGAAAAAAAGUGUUCGGGAG